CCGCCAUUUUAGGGUUCUUGCCCUCCAUCCAUCCCAUGGAAAUUAAACCGGCCCCAAUUGGUUUGACCCGGCACACCGCUACCAUCCAACUGGUCACUGCUGUUCUUCUUUCAGCUCCAAAUUUGGUUCUUCUUCUGGAGAUUCGUGCUUCAAUGCCUGUUGAGUAAGAAGAAUGCUGCUAAAUAAAUUAAAUAACAAAAAGGGAAUAAAUAAUGGGGAAUUUUGUGGAUUUUGUGAGUUGGAUAUUGGAUUUAGAAGAUAUGUUAAGUUUAUGCACAGGAAGAUUGAUUUGGCUUCAGUUUGAUCAUGGAGAUUCUUCAUCUGGGUGAGUUUAAAUUUGGAAAUUUUAUUUAAUUUAUGGUCAAGUGGGUUGUUUUCAGUUUCAUUUGCUAUGUUUCUUUUGUUAAAUGUUGUUUGGAUGCUGGGAAAAUCUGAGGGAAAAGAAAGUUAAUUUUUUUUUUUAACUUGUGUUUGAUGUUUUGGCUUCAGUUUGAUGCAUAUUCCUGGAGAUCAUGGUUCUGGCUCUGUUUAAAUUUGGGUUAUUUAUUUCAGUUAUGGUUUGAGUAACUUGUUUUCAGCUUCAUUUGGCUAUCUUUCCUUUGUUAGAAGUUGUUUGGAUGCUGAGAAAAUCUGAGGAAAUGAAAGGAAAUUCCGAGUCUUUUAACUUGUGUUUGAUGUUAUGGUUUUUGGGAAUGAAAUGUAGAAGGUUUAGAACUAAUGGAAAUUGGCUCCUCUGUGAAACUUUAGAGAAAAUUUGGCUUUUCCUUUGUUAUAAAUUAUUUUCAGAGAAAAUUUCAUAUGUUUUGCUUUUGUAUUGUGGGAGAAAGUUAUAAAUUGAUGUAAAAUCGAAGUUGCAAAUGUUUGGCCUUGAUUCAUGUUGUUUGAAAUUUACACAUUUCUGAAUCUUGGGAGUUUCUGUGUUCUGGUUUUUACAUUAUAUAAGACUGGAUGCUCAUCUUACGAAUUGCAUAUCUGUUGUGAGUUCAUACAUUUUCUCGGUAAAAUGAUCCGUUGUUUUAAACGUGUAAGUUCGAUUGUGGCUUGUGCUGAACAUUUUAUUUUCCGAUCAUUUUGUAAUCACUAUGAUUUGUUUUUUCGACUGGGUUGAAAAUCCGAGAAAAGGAAGUACAGAAUUAGUGUUUGGUUAGAAGGAAAGUUGAGGUUUCGUGCCUUAUUCAGGAUGGCAAGGUGGUGUCAUCCGAAAUGUAGGCUUGCGAAAUUAAUGGGUUGGCUUCAGAUGCUAUUGGGAGGCCUUGUUAUAAUUUUCAGCAUAUGCAGUCUGUCCAAGUUCUACUCUGCAGGCGUUUUCCUUCACAAUGAAGACAUAUGCCGACAAUUUAAUGGCGUCAAAGAUGCGUACGAAGGUUUUGACAUAAAAGCUUUGUCUGAUCGAGUAGGGGAAGUUCUAAAUAAACUAGAAAGCUUACAGGAAAAGCUCGAGUCAGCGGUGCAGCAAAUUGAGAAGGACAAAGAGGCCUUGCACACAACUAACAUUACUAAAUUUGAGUACAAGAAGUAUCUGGAGGAGGAAGUAAUCAGGCCUCUUUAUACCGCUCAUAUUUCUCUGAGGCUGAUUCGGUUACCUAAAGCUGAAGGUAUUCACAACUCAACGAUGAAAGAGGAGCCUUUGAUUAACACUUUUGUGAUUGAAGAGUUAAGGAAGUAUAUAACCCCAAAGGAGAGUAGAACCGGGAAGAUUAGUAUAUACGGAACAGAGAGGAUAUAUAAUACAAUUGGACAUGCUUGUGUGUUGAACAAGAAAGAGUUGGAAGAGUACAUGAGCUAUGACAUCGGGUCUUAUUGCAACGAUGAUUGGAACUUAGCUCAGAAGCUGAUGCUUAACGGUUGUGAUCCUUUGCCCCGGAUGCGGUGCUUGACAAGGGCCUCCAUGGUCUACCAGAAGCCUUACCCUAUCAACGAGUCUCUGUGGAAACUUCCGGAUGAUAGAAAUGUGCAGUGGAGCAAUUAUCAUUGCACGAACUUUAAGUGCUUGAUGGAAAAUAACACCAAAAGGGGUUAUUGCAAGUGUGUCGGAUGUUUCGAAAUGGAGAAGGAAAAGCUUAAAUGGGUUACCAAUAGCUCACUUACUGUAGAUUUUCGGAUCAGUGAUGUUCUGGCUAUUAAGCCUGGGGAGAUGAGGAUUGGUCUCGACUUUGGCAUUGGCACAGGAACAUUCGUGGCAAGGAUGAGAGAACAUAACGUUACAGUAGUCUCUACUGCUCUUAACCUCAGGGCGCCUUUCAACGAGAUGAUUGCACCGAGAGGUUUGGUUCCAUUGUUUAUAACAUUGAAUCUACCGUUCUUUGACAACACAAUGGACAUGAUUCACACCGCUGGAUUUCUGGACGGCUGGAUUGACCUGCAACUGCUGGAUUUUAUCCUGUUUGAUUGGGAUCGAAUUCUGAGGCCUGGCGGAUUGUUAUGGAUUGACCGGUUCUUCUGUGUUAGAAAGGAUUUGGAUGACUUCAUGUGCAUGUUUCUGCAGCUGAGAUACAAGAAACACAAGUGGGCUAUUUCCCCUAAAUCAAGGGAUGAAGUCUACCUUUCUGCAUUGUUGGAGAAACCUCCAAGAGCAAUAUAGUUACUAACAUCCAUGUUUGUACUCAGAAACCAUGAAGCUUUUUGUUUUCUUUUUGCAGUGAGAGGUUUUGUGAUUUUAACGCUCGUCUUUUAGUCUCCUGCACUCCAUUGUGAUCGCACAAAAGAUUGCAAAAUAUUCGGGUUGAAA